AUGGCUCAAAGUUCUGAAAAUACUCCACUCAUAAGCUAUCUGACUGAUGCACAUCAAGUACAACAAACUAAGAAAGAUGUUGAUUAUGAGUUUGGUGGUCCCGCUGGUGUGAUUGGAAUGUGUAUUGGUUUUCCAUUAUUAAUGUGGUAUAUGUGGAUCUCUGCUGAGUUUUAUAAAGGUGCGCCAGCAUGGCCAGCUAAAGACGAAACCUUUCCCCAAUUUCUCAAACAUUUAUAUUUUGAUUUUUUUAUUCCCAACGCUGUUCCAGAUUUUAGAACCUGGAGAAUAUUCUUAACAUUUAUAUUCACACAGGCAGUAUUUUAUUAUACUUUGCCAGGUUUUUGGACCAAAGGUCAACCAUUGAAGCAUUUAAACAAUAAACAAUUGGAUUAUUUCUGCAAUGCAGUCUUUUCGUUUUAUCUUUCAAUUGUCAUUGCUUUGGUUUUACAUUUCACUGGGUUGUUUAAAUUGUAUACAAUUAUUGAACUCUUUGGAAAAUUGAUGACUGCAGCUAUUAUUUCAGGUUUUGUUUUCUCAAUUAGUUUGUAUUUAUUCACAAUUUUCUAUUCUGGUGACUAUCAUAGAAUGACAGGUAACCAUCUUUAUGAUUUCUUUAUGGGUGCACCAUUAAACCCAAGAAUCGGUAUUUUAGACUUGAAAAUGUUUUUUGAAGUAAGAUUACCAUGGUUCAUUUUAUUUUUCUUGACAUUGGGAGCAUGUUUUAAACAAUAUAACGAAUAUGGUUAUGUUUCUAUUCAAAUUCUUGUUCUAUUAUUUGCACAUUUUCUUUAUGCAAAUGCUUGUUCUAAAGGUGAAGAAUUAAUUGUUCCAACUUGGGAUAUGGCAUAUGAAAAAUUUGGAUUCAUGUUAAUAUUUUGGAAUAUUGCUGGUGUUCCAUUCACCUAUUGCCAAACUACAUUGUUCUUGACUUAUCAUGACCCCAAAGAAUAUAACUGGUCAAAUUAUUACAAUGUUUUCUGUUUCCUACUUUUGGUAACAUCUUACUACUUUUUCGACACGGCAAAUGGUCAAAAGAAUACUUUUAGAAAACAAAUUGCUGGGGAUUUAGUGAUCAGAAAAACAUUCCCAUUUUUACCUUAUCAAGUUCUUGAAAACCCCAAAUAUAUUAAAUGUGAAAAUGGUUCAACAUUAUUAACAGAUGGUUGGGUUAAAUAUGCCAGAAAAAUCCAUUACACGGCAGACUGGAUUCAAUCUUUAUCCUGGAGUUUAAUUUGUGGGUUUUCAUCGAUUUUUAUUUAUUUUUUUCCAAUAUUUUAUUUUGUUGUUUUAAUCCACAGAACGAUUAGAGAUGAAAGAAAAUGUGCCAAGAAAUACAAAAAAGAUUGGAAGCUUUAUUGUAAAGAAAUUCCUUAUCGCUUUAUUCCUUAUGUAUUUUAA